AGCCCUUUGGUGGGGACUCGACCGGUAGCGACUCCGGAGUCGGUGUCGGCACGAAUGUACCAGGCCCGGGUGGCCUUGUUCGAGACGAGCCGAGCUACCGAGCUUUGCAUGAACAAGCGCACUGCAGUCUUUAAGGGGCUCUUGGGCAAGUAUAAGAAGCUGGCGGCGUCGCACGAGACCCUGAAGGCUGAGCGCGAGAGCCAGACCGGGGACAACGCCCAAGUGGCGGAGCUGCUGAAGCGUGUCGCCGAGGUUCAAGAUGAGAAGACUCGGCUGGUCGAUCAGCAUCGGGAAGAAAUUACCCAGCUGCAACCGCAGAUCGCGGCGCAGGCCGAGGCGCACCAGACCGAGGUAAACCGACUCACAUCGGCCCUCUAUUCGCAAGCUGAUGAGAAAAUCCGCCUGGAAGACGAGGUGAAGAAGUGCAAGGCGCUCGCUGCCCAGCUCGAGACUCGCGCCACCUCCGCCGAGUUGGAGGAUGCCGAGAAGGCCGCCCCGCUCAAGGUCGUCCAGUGUGACGUCAUCAAGAUCGAUAGCAUGCUGAUGAAGUUCUUCCCCACAUCUGUUGAGCAUGCUCAAGAGACCGUGAAGAUCGCCCGCCGGAAGAGGGAUCCGGCAGUGGCGGCGGGGGAGCCCUUCGAAUGGGACUUGGUGGACCACCUGGUGAGGAUCGCGAGCCGGGUGAAGCCACUCAAGUCGUUCGGCGUCGACAUGUUGAACGCCGGUAUCCGAGCCUUCCGCACGCUGUGGCCGGGAGAAGAAGCUCCUACGGAUAUCCCGGACCUGGCAAAGCGCCUGCUGGAGAUGGAGUCCCGGCUAAACGACUGGAGGGAGUCGGUUGCGCGCAUCGGUGCUGACGAGGCGUUGUCGUUCGUACUGUCAUGGUGCGAUGGCAUUAACCUCGACGUGUUGCAGUCGAUGCGAGCCGGCUCCCCCUAUCUGACGGAUCCGGAGUUGGUGGCCAAGCGCAAGGAGCGGGCCUACUCCUUCAUUCAGUAUGCCGACGUGCAUAUGUUUGUAGAAGGCCCAACAUCUGAAGCCGAAGCCGAGAUGACGGACGGCGACGAAGAAGCAGCGGACGAAGAAACUGCUGUGUAGUCGGCUUCCACUGCGGCGGAUGCGCCGAGUUCCGGCGCCAACCCCUCUGUCUCUUCCUAGUUUAGGAGUAACUUUAGAAACAUUA